UUAUAAAUGGCAGGGCUUUGCGUCAGAGCAUUAGGCAAGUGAUUGAAUAAGAUUGAUUGAAUGGCAAGUGGAUUGAGCAAAGAAGAGGAUACAAAACAACAGUGCUACUACUCAGUGAGGGUGAGCAGGAGGGAGAGGGUGGCGGCAGUGUUGCCUUUGCAAGAACACUGGUUGCCACUCUCCAACUUGGACCUUCUCUUACCCGCUCUCCACUUUGACAUCUUCUCAUGCUACAAGAAGCCCACCAAUGGCACCUGCUUUUCCACCAUGGUGUCCGUUCUCAGGGCGGCCCUGGCACAAACCCUGGUGUCCUUCUAUCCUCUGGCCGGAGAGCUAGUCAGCAACUCCCAGGGCGAACCUGAACUUCUCUGCAAUAACCAUGGUGUGGACUUCAUCGAAGCCCAUGCUGACGUCGAGCUCAAAGACCUUUGUCUCUACAACCCCGACCAAAGCGUCGAGGGAAAGCUCGUGCCCACCAAAUUGGAAGGCCUGCUCUGCGUCCAGGCAACAGAGCUCAAGUGUGGUGGGAUUGUGGUGGCAUGCAUGUUUGAUCACAGAAUAACGGACGCGCACUCAGCCAACAUGUUUCUGGUGACGUGGGCGGAGACUGCUGGUGUCAGACCCAUCUCCAUAACCCCAUCCUUCCGAAGAUCAUUACUGAACCCACGGCGCCCUGGCUGCUAUGAUGAGUCAUUUAAUCUCUUGUACACGCCUUUAUCGUUGUUGCCAUUAAUGAUCACUACCCCAGCUGCCUCUUAUUCUGAAAAUGAAGAUCAUUCCAUCAGCCGCAUCUACUGCAUCACUGCAGAAGACGUCCAAGCGAUGCAGGCCGCUGCGAGUGCAGGGUUGUCAAGCAAGAGAAGUAAACUAGAGGCCUUUAGCGCCUUCCUAUGGAGCAUCAUCGGCAAGGCUGUGUCCAAUCUCGCAGCACCAUCACCACCAGCUGGCGAGGUGUGCAGGAUGGGCAUUGUAGUGGACGGUAGAGGAAGGCUGGGCUGUCAUAUGGCUAAUUACUUUGGUAAUGUGCUUUCCAUCCCCUACGGUAGUUUGAAUUUGGAUGAGCUGCAAUCGAUGCAACUUUGCCAUGUGGCGGACAAGGUGCAUGAGUUUCUGGAGGAGGCUGCGACGGAGGAGCACUUCAGAGGGAUGAUUGACUGGGUGGAGUCUAUUAGACCAGACAAAGCGGUGGCCAAGAUAUACCUGGAUGAGAGGACACCCUCCUUGGUUGUGUCUUCAGGGCAGAGGUUCCCUGUGGAUAACUUGGACUUUGGCUGGGGAAGCCCGGUGUUGGCAUCUUACCAUUUCCCAUGGGGGAGCAAUACAGGGUAUGUGAUGCCCAUGCCCAUGCCAUGUGGCCAAGGAGACUGGGUGGUCUAUGUGCACCUUCCGAGCAGGCUUAUAAAGGCUCUGGAAGAUGAGUCUGGACAUGUAUUCCAACGGCUUACUGCUGAUCAUCUUGGUCUCAUCUCCACCGCUGACACCAUCAACCAUGGCCUAUGCUGCUGCUUUGGCACUAGUGUAACAGUACCCAACUAGCAGGAUAGUGAGCAUCAAUCAUGUGGAAAAGUGAAAACUUACGUCUCACUUGUUGUGUUCGUUUUCAUUGAUGUUUACCUUAAUUUCUUCUCAUGUUAAUUAAUUAUUGUAUCUGCGUUGAUAUCAAUUAAAAUAUAUAUGCUCACC